AUGAAACUUACUGGCAAGGAGAUUCGGAUAUGUUCGCUGUUGGCAUUGGAUACGGUGUUCUUUCUGCUGGAGCUUAUCAUCGGUUAUAUGUCGCACUCGUUGGCGCUGAUUGCUGAUUCGUUUCAUAUGUUGAACGAUAUCAUAUCGCUGUUGGUGGCAUUAUGGGCUGUCAACGUUGCGAAAAACAGAAAUGCCGAUGCUUCUUACACUUAUGGUUGGAAGAGGGCCGAGAUCCUCGGAGCGCUGGUGAAUGCUGUGUUUUUGGUUGCUUUGUGUUUCACCAUCUUGAUAGAGGCGUUCCAAAGACUGAUCAGUCCUCCCGAGAUCGAGAAUCCAAAAUUGGUUAUGUAUGUCGGGAUUGCCGGUUUGCUGUCGAAUUUCGUCGGGCUGGUGCUCUUCCAUGACCAUGGCCACUCGCACGGUCAUUCCCAUGGGGCUGGUGGCGAUGAGCAUGACGUGGAGACCCAGACGCACUCCCAUUCACACUUCUACAAUGCGACUAACGGUGUUGAGGAGAGCAACGGUUCCAUUGACAGCAACAACGGCAACAUCCGUGAGGUUUGGCCUCAGUCUGUCGUUGAAAGAAUAAGCUUUGAAGGAACGGCGCUUUUGCAAAAGAGGGAUAGCGAUUCCAAGAACGGGGCCACGAAGAACAAGAAGGUGAAGUCUCUCAACAUGCAUGGUGUGUUCUUGCAUGUGCUUGGUGAUGCGCUUGGUAACGUCGGUGUGAUUGUGGCAGCAUUGUUCAUUUGGAAGACUGAUUAUUCCUGGAGAUUCUACAGUGACCCUGUGGUCUCUUUGGUGAUCACUUUGAUCAUCUUUUCUUCAGCGAUACCGUUAUCUCGUAAAUGCUGCAGGAUCCUUUUGCAAGCUACGCCAUCAAGCAUCUCUGCUGACGCGGUUCAACGCGACAUUCUAAGCAUUUCCGGUGUCAGAUCCGUGCACGAUUUCCACAUCUGGAAUUUGACCGAAUCCUUCUUUAUCGCAUCGCUACAUGUGCAGAUCGAUGCCUCGCCAGACCGUUUCUCCGACAUCGCCAAGUCGAUCAGGAGUAUCUUCCACAGCUACGGCAUUCAUUCGGCCACGGUGCAACCUGAAUUCAUCAAGGGUAACGCUAGCUUGGACGCUUCGAGACGGUUUUCGAUGAUUGCCGGAGGCAGCUCGAUGUCUGUAGACCAGGAAUCUGUCGAUUCGUCUACACAAGAUCCUUCACCAAGCGCUUACGGUGCAACUGCUUUUGGCGACAGAUGCUUGGUCGACCAGGCGGCAAAGUGUAACCCAAACGAGUGCCUGCCCAAAUGA